AUGCCGUCCUCUCCGCCGUCUCGUACGCCCUCGUCGCGCUCCAACGGGCCCGGUGCCUCUGGAAGGUCGUCGCCCACCGUGGCCGUGAGCCAGGAUGUCACCCGCGCCCCGCAGUUCGAGGAAACGCCCUGGAACACCACGCCUGGCGGCGGCCUGAAGCGUUCCAACACCACGCUCUCCAAGAAGCAGAUGAAACGGGCCACCCGCACCCGCAAAAUCUUUGCCGUCAUCUCCUCGUUUUUCUUCUUUUUGUCCGCUCUUUUUCUUCUGCUCGUCGAGAUCGGCAACACCCACGACAAGCCCGUUCUCCGCGACACCUGGUUCAUGAAGCUCGAUCUCAGCCAUAUUGUGCCAACAUCGAUUCCCAACGCCACCCUGCUCAACAGCAUUGCGCAGACGCUGGGUCUGCACGAUUUCUACCAGGUCGGCCUGUGGAACUUUUGCGAAGGCUACAUCAAUGAGGGUGUCACCCACUGCUCUCACCCCCAGAGCCUUUACUGGUUCAAUCCCGUGGAGAUCCUGCUCAACGAGCUGUUCGCAGGCGCAACCAUUGCCAUUCCCGAGGAAGCAUUGAAAUACCUUGACAUCCUCAAGGUGGCCUCCCAGUGGAUGUUUGGCUUGUUCCUAACGGGCACUUGCUUGUCCACCACGCUCAUUUUCCUGACGCCUUUGGCCGUCUACACGCGAUGGGCAGCGGGCCCAAUCGCCAUCUUAUCACUGUUCACGCUGCUUUGCAUCUUCGUGGCCUGCAUCAUUGCCACGGCCAUUUUCAUCGUCUUCAAGAUCGCGCUUACCCAAGUCGACGACCUCAACAUCAAGGCCGUCCUCGGGGCCCAGAUGUUCGGCUUCAUGUGGACUUCGGCUGGUUGCAUUCUGAUUGCCUUCAUCAUUCAGUCUGGCCUUUGCUGCUGCUGCGCCAGCCGGAGAGAUGUCCGAACGGGCAGGAAGCUGGGCAGCAAGAAGGCGUACACCAUGCCACCGGAUGGCGAUCCGGAGAAGCAGACGCUCAAGCAGCGCCUCGGGUUCGGCAAAAGCAAGGCAUAA